CCAAUAAAUCCAUACUGGGUGAUUCGCGUAGACACUUACUCGUGAAUUUUUUCCGAAGCAACUCGUCUUCUUCUGUGAGUGGUGAUCGCGGGAAGCAGUGGGUUUUACGCACAGCUUGAGCCGACUCCAGCCAGGCACUUCAUCUCACAGCUGAAAAGGAGAGAUAGAGAGUCAAUUUUGUAAAACGACAAACGGUGCGGUGAAAGGAAGCAUCCAAACGGGAGCAUCGCCAGCCACAUUCCCGCGUGUUUUUUUGUUUUGUUGCAUGCGUUUGUGCAGGAUUGCCACGGGAGCGCCGACACUCACUCACCGAGACUUGCGAGAUUAGAGCGGAGACGGAGAGGCGAUGGACGAGCAGGCGAGGUUGAUGCACUCUCACACCGGGGUAGGCAUGGCAGGGCACCCGGGUCUACCGCAGCACAUGCAGGAGAGCUCCGGAGCGGACGGCGAUGGGAGAAAGCAGGACAUUGGAGACAUUUUGCAGCAGAUUAUGACCAUCACGGAUCAGAGUUUGGACGAAGCGCAAGCCAGGAAACACGCUCUGAACUGUCACCGGAUGAAGCCUGCUCUUUUCAACGUUUUGUGUGAAAUUAAGGAAAAAACAGUCCUGAGUAUCCGUGGAGCCCAGGAGGAGGAGCCCCCAGACCCUCAACUCAUGCGUCUGGACAACAUGCUGCUGGCUGAGGGCGUGUCGGGGCCGGAGAAGGGCGGAGGAUCUGCAGCGGCGGCGGCAGCAGCAGCGGCCUCUGGUGGGGGUCCAGGAGCAGAUAACUCAGCGGAGCACUCGGACUACAGGGCCAAGCUGUCCCAAAUCAGACAGAUCUACCACACAGAGCUGGAGAAGUACGAGCAGGCAUGUAACGAGUUCACGACCCACGUGAUGAACCUUCUGAGGGAGCAGUCUCGCACCCGUCCCAUAUCUCCUAAAGAGAUCGAGCGCAUGGUGGGCAUCAUCCACAGGAAGUUCAGCUCCAUCCAGAUGCAGCUCAAGCAGAGCACAUGUGAGGCUGUCAUGAUCCUGCGCUCACGCUUCCUUGAUGCCAGACGAAAAAGACGGAAUUUCAAUAAGCAGGCGACAGAGAUCCUGAACGAAUAUUUCUACUCGCACCUCAGUAACCCAUAUCCCAGUGAGGAGGCCAAGGAGGAACUGGCAAAGAAGUGUGCCAUCACAGUCGCCCAGGUUUCCAACUGGUUUGGGAAUAAAAGAAUCAGAUACAAGAAAAACAUUGGUAAGUUCCAGGAGGAAGCCAACAUGUACGCUGCGAGAACUGCCGUCAGUGCGGCUAACGCGUCCUCACACGGGAGCCAAGCAAAUUCACCCUCCACUCCGAAUUCUGCAGGUUCUGGUGCCUCUUUUAACAUGUCCAACUCGGGCGACUUGUUCAUGACAGUGCAAUCUCUGAACGGGGACUCGUACCAGGGAGCACAGGUGGGGGCCAACGUCCAGUCACAGGUGGAUACCCUUCGCCAUGUUAUCAGUCAGACAGGCGGAUACAGUGAAGCGCUCUCGGCCUCCCAGAUGUACAGUCCACAGGGCAUCAACGCAAACGGCGGCUGGCAGGAUGCCCCCACCCCCUCCUCAGUCACUUCACCCACAGAAGGUCCAGGCAGCGUUCACUCGGACACCUCCAACUGAUGCCCUUCCGUUCCAUCCACCUCAACACCCCCCCCCCCCCCCCAACAUGGACCCUUCAGGACUGGACUCUCUUUUAGCUGAAGUCUCGAAUCUCUUCCUUCAGAUCGGGACCAGCAGGCAGCCUGAAAUGA